AUGCUAUCUUCUCGUUUUCUUUCCUCAUCUAGAGCCUUAAACCCCAGGUCUUUAUCAGCUUUCCUUUUGUGUCGACCAAAAACCCACUUUGUCAAAUCACACUCUCAAAUACAGAAGAGUCCUCUAAGAUUCUUUGCAACCAUGGCUUCUGAUGGCAGGAAAAUGCCUCCUCAAAAGCAAGAAUCUCAGCCUGGAAAAGAACACGCCAUGAACCCCAACCCUCAGUUCUCAAACCCAGAUUACAAACCCUCUAACAAGCUUCAAGGAAAGGUGGCGAUAGUGACCGGAGGAGACUCCGGUAUAGGGCGAGCGGUAAGCCAUUACUUUGCUCAGGAGGGUGCAACUGUGGCCUUCACUUAUGUGAAGGGCCAGGAGGACAAGGAUGCACGUGACACACUCAAAAUGAUCAAGACGGUGAAAACUUCUGAUGCCAAAGACCCGAUUGCAGUUGCAGCUGAUCUCGGUUUCGAUGAGAAUUGCAGGAGGGUUGUGGAGGAGGUGGUGAAAGCCUACGGCCGCAUUGAUAUUCUGGUUAACAAUGCGGCUGAGCAGUACACGACCAGCUCGGUGGAAGAUAUCGAUGAGGCUCGUAUUGAAAGGGUGUUUAGGACCAACAUCUUUGCUUACUUUUUCAUGGCAAGGCAUGCUUUGAAGCACAUGAAAGAAGGCAGCAAUAUAAUUUGCACAACAUCGGUUGUGGCUUACAAAGGAAAUCAGAAGCUGCUUGAUUAUACAGCAACCAAGGGUGCGAUUGUGGCAUUCGUGAGAGGAUUGUCACUUGAGCUAGUGAACAAAGGCAUCCGGGUCAAUGGUGUAGCUCCUGGACCAAUAUGGACCCCGUUGAUUCCGGCAUCUUUUGAUGAGGAGGAGACUGCAAAGUUUGGCUCUGAAGUGCCAAUGCAGCGACCUGGUCAGCCCUGUGAGGUUGCGCCUGCCUAUGUCUUCCUUGCUUCCGAUGCUUUCUCUUCUUACAUAACCGGCCAAAUCAUCCAUCCUAAUGGUGGGAUUAUAGUAAGUUCUUGA